GUUACAGCAUUUUGGAUCAACUGAAGACUUUUCAACACAUCACUGACAAGUACAGAGUCCACUGUGUGUCCACCGAUGCCAACUGUGUCCAGUUUCAACCGUUUAGCUGUUGAUAUGAGAUGAAUUUGAAUAAUUUACAGGAUUCUGAGGUGGGGUGUUUGAAGAAGUGGGUUAUAAAACCACCCAGCUGACUGUCAGUAGAGGGGCAUUCUCAGCAGUACAAUCUGGGAGAUAAAAUGAGUCCAGCGGUCACCCUUUUUCUCAUCGUCGUCUCCACAGCAGUGGCCGGGAGUGUUACCAUUAAGACCCUGGUUUUCCCCACUGCGACGAGCACCAGUUAUGUUGAGAUGAUCCCUCAAAGGCCGAUGAACCUGACUGCGUUCACUCUGUGCAUGCGAGUGGCCACGGAGCUCAGCGGCAAACGAGAGAUCAUCCUCUUUGCAUACCGGACAGGAAGCUACGAUGAGCUGAAUGUGUGGCGUGAACUGGAUGGAAGACUGUCCUUUUACCUGGCUGGGGAUGGUGUUUUAUUUAAAGUCCCUGACCUCGGAGCCCUGAUUACCCACCUGUGUGUCACCUGGGAUUCCACUUCAGGUUUAGCUGCCCUCUUCCUGGAUGGAAAGAGGAGCUUAUCCAAAAUCUACAAGAAGGAUCACACUGUCAGCCCAGGAGGCAGGGUUAUCCUGGGACAAGAUGCGGAUUCUUUCCUGGGUGAUUUUGAUAAAAAGCAGAGUUUUGUUGGUGAGAUCUGUGAUGUGAACAUGUGGGACACUGUUCUGCCAGAUAGUGCAAUCAUAUGCAUGUUUGCAGGGAAGAGAGAACCAAGAGGAAAUGUUUUUGACUGGGACAGCGCAGAGCUGGAAAUAAACGGAGAUGUAGAGGUCGCCACUCGUGAGCUGUAGCUAUAAUGUUCACCCACAGGAAAACGUGUGCAGUCAGUGAAUGCCACCCAUACGGUUGUAUGAAAUCUGAUACUUUAUUGAUCAAAAUGUGCAUCAGUAUUACUGACAUAACUUCAGAUUAAUGUGUUUUGCGACCUAGUAAAAAUAUCUGCUCCAUCCUUC